AUGGCUGAGAGGAACAGAGCCUGACUCCCUCUGUGAUGGAAUCGAAAGGCCCCAAGAAGCCCCACCGAUAUAAGAAACGCAAAAUCAAGGCCCAGGAGAGACUCCUCAAGAAGUUUCCUUACAGGUUAUGUUGGUUGACAGAGCCCAACCCAGCAUCCAUACAGUCCUGGCAGGCCAAGAGCAACUCACUGAAGGAUCAGCUGCCCUUACAGAAGAAGCUGGUGCCAACUCGGUCUAUUCCCCUCCCAAGGGUUGGAACUCCGGACUACACAUCACCAUUCAGCUUCUACUCACAGACUCCUCAUCCCCCACUGUGUAAGCACUGGGAACUUAAAUUACUGAGACUUCGUUUCCCCAGACAAGACCUUGGCAAGCUGCUUCCUCCGAAGGCCAGUGCUGACCAGCCCUACACCAGUGAGACUUAA